AUGAUACUCGAGAGUUGCGGAUUAAUUUUUAAAGGAAAACGAUUCGUUCGAUUAUUCAUCUUCAUAGUUGUAUGUCUUGGUUUCCUGAUAGCUGUCACUAUUCUAGCAGGUCUCACAAUAUUCGAUCGUCAGCACAAUCAUAUUCUCCAUGAUUACGUGGCACGAAAUGAUGACAUUGUUGUUUUAUCAACUACUUAUUACGAGAAUUCGAAAAGUUUUCCCUCAAAUACAGCUGUGAUUUUAUUCAAUUCCGUUCAAGUCUUCCAUUUGAAAUACUCAACACUGAAUGUGGUUGCCGAGACGAUGCAAGGAAACGUGGAAGUUCAAUUCAAGAUUCACCCAGUUAUCAAUACGAUUCCAUUUUUCUGUAAAUGGGUUCCUUAUCUUGCUGUUGGACAAGUCCCAGAAGAUCAUGUAUUGCUCAAGUUAUCAACGAAUAAAAAGGAUGGAAUGGAGCUCUCCCUGCGUACUCCAUUCCAAACUCCUCGGAAAGUUGUCGCUUGCUUUUCUCCUCUCUUCUUGAACGAACGCUGGCAACUUCUUCUAGCUACUGUUGAGAUUUACUCCCACUACGGAGCGUUUAUGCAUUUCUAUGUCCGAUCUAUGAUUUCUGACUUGUUCAAACUGAUCAAAGAAAACAAAAAUAGUCGGAUCUCUCCAUGGCCUGCUAUCAGAAUAGGAGAAUCCCGUGCAGCGUCUCCGAUGUUCGACCCUAAUACAGAGUUAGAGUUCAGAAAUCAGGCGUCUGCUAUGACUGACUGUCUUCUACAGUACAAGGAAUCGGCAGAGUUUGUAGUUUUUCCGGAUCCAGAUGAUAUUCUUGUUCCUACGUUAGGGAAGAAUUAUCAUGAAGAGUUUACGCAGGCAUUCAAUAUGUUUCCGACGGCUGGUGCUAUCGUAUACAAUAUGACACAAACUUCAAUCGAGUCUUCAACGACGCCAGCGCUAUAUUCUCCAAUUUCUCUUCUCGCAUCUAUCAAAUUUAAGGGUGAACAGAGAUGGGGGAAACUGGUCGUCCGACCGGAAAGAGUGGACAGCACUUGGAUUCAUAGGUCAUAUUCCAUCAGAGAGGGUUACGAACAGAAAGUUAUGCCUGUUGAUGUCAAUGCAUUCUAUCAUUUGAGAAUUUGGAAGUUUCCUGAUUUCCCAACUAUUAAUAGAACUAAAGUAUCAAACCCUCCAUAUUUCGAUCCAUAUCACUUGAAUGCCACUAAAAGAACGAUUUACAAAGUAUCAGAUGGUCUCAAAAUUCAACGGAAAUUCAAGAACCGAGUGUCCGAAGGGAACAUGAAAGCGAUCUAUUCCCGCCUUCCCAAGGUUUCUCUCUACUAUCCACUCAUUGAAGUGUGCUACAAUCGAAUAUUCUACAGUAUGAAAGAUAUUGGAACAUGCCGAGGACCCGAGUACUGUAAUAUUCCCGCUUUUCCCGGAUUACGGUGUACAAACGUGGCAAGUGAAUUCGUGACAUACAAGAGUUAUAGGAAUAUUUAUAUUCAUCAAUUGAUAUCAACUGAUUUUGAGGAGGGAGAGAAUGGAUGUACUCUCUAG